AUGUCCGAAGAGAAGCUGGCGGCAGCUCUCAGGCUUAUCGACGAAGCUCACGCUCAAGACCCCAAGAAAAUUGAAGUCAAUGGCAAAGAGCAACCCUAUGAACUCCACUACAGCCAAAAAAUGAGCGAAUAUCUUGAAAAGCGCAACCCUUCUGCGCCAGAUACGUUACGACUCGCAGUUCGCGCGCAGCAUAUCAGACGUUGGGAGAUUCCGCGAGAUUCGUAUGCAAAGAACAAAGUUGGCUAUCACGCCUGGCGAACCUACCUCAAGAAGAGGCAGGCGGAUAUAGCUUUUCAGAUCUGCCUAGAUUGUGGCUACUCACAAGAUGACGCUGCGAGAGUGGCUUACCUUAUCAGGAAGGAAGAUCUGAAGAAAGAUGAAGAGACGCAGACGCUGGAAGAUGUGGCCUGUCUAGUGUUCAUGGAUGACCAAUUCGAGGAGUUCGAAAAGCAGCAUGACGAGGAGAAGACCGUAAAGAUCCUGCAGAAGACAUGGGGGAAAAUGAGCGAAAAAGGCCAUGAGCUUGCGAUGGCUUUGCCGUUGAGCGAGAGGUGCAAGGAUCUAUUUAGCAGGGCCCUUGCUGGAGGUUGA